AUGGACGUUAGUCUUGAUGAAAUAAUUUCCAUGAAUCGGGCUUUAAGGCGUGGGCGAGGCUCGAAAUCUCAAAACGAGCUUCGGAGAACCAGUGGUGGUCGUGUUCAGAAGCGGAGAAUCAAUGAUUUUCCUAGACGAAGCCUUCCUGAUAAGUGGCAGCACGAUCUUUUCCUUGGUAACGGGAGCGGGGUGCCAAAGGGAAACGCAAAAAUUCUCAUUUCGAACCUUGAUUAUGGGGUAAACGAUGACGACAUUCAGGAACUUUUCCAAGAAUUUGGCAUUCUUCGACGUGCAGCCGUUCAUUACGAUCGUAGUGGUCGAUCGCUUGGUACCGCGGAAGUUAUUUAUGCUAACCGUGCUGAUGCGGCAAAAGCGAUUGAACGCUACAACGGUUUGCCCCUGGAUGGUCGUCCUAUGAAUAUCCAAUUCGUUGGAGCUGCAGACGGACUAGCAGCAGCUCGUAGUCGUCUUGGCAACGUGCCUCGCGGACGUCAACAACGCGGUCGUGGUGGCGGGAGGGGCGGCCGUCGGGGCAACCGCAGCACUCGACCUCCGGUGACGAAGGACCAGCUGGACGCAGAACUUGCAGCGUACACUGCUCAGGUAGAUUAG